AUGGGGAACGCACCCUCAAAGGAGCCGCAAGGCCGUCCGUUCCACAGGCUAUCUAAACCCAAGGUAGCCAGCCACCAAGGCACUCCUCCUCUGUUGAGCCCCAAUGGCCACAUGAGCCCCUCCAACCGCUCCUCGGAUCCUGGGCCCGACCUGUUCAGCAUCCCCUACUCAUCGACUGCAACCUCUACGCUGUCCAUUGACAUCAACAGAGACGACUUCAACGACAGCGAGAAGCGAAACUCCUUCCUCGCCCCGCCCAAGCCGCAGCGGCGUCGGAGUCUGUUCCGGUCCAAAUCCUCCCAGGAGUCCUCGGAGCGCCGCAGGUAUAGACGAAACACUGUCAUCGGGUCACCAACAAGUCCAUCACAACCGCCAGCAAUCUCAAGGGCCAACUCUGUGACCGCGAACAACCUCGGGGCAGAACUGAACGUGCACGGUGGUCCCGCCAGCCCUGACAUUUGCCCACCCGGCGGAUUGCGUGCUUCAUGGGCAUAUGAUCUCUCGUCCUACGAAGCUCAGCGGAUAUUGAGCCUCGUGCCAGAGCAGGUGCCUGCCCUACCUCGGAGUAACACGACGACUUCGCUUUACGAGCCAAAGCUCGACGGCAUGAGGAGGCCAGCCUGGCGGCGGGACUCGCUGCCCGUCCAGCCAACGAGCGCCCCAAUGAGCCGGUCGAACUCUGAAGUGACACUGCAUCCACCCAUGCGCCGACGCUCCAUAGUCCAAACUCCCGGUGUUGCCACACGUACUGUUCGCCCUGCUCCUGUCACCACCAGGACUAGUUAUCGGCACAGCCUCCCGGCCACACCAAACAUAUCGAGACAGGCGUCUUUCGACGGGGCAGACUGUCGUGUUGUGUCUCUUCCGCCACUGCCUCCCAUCCCGACCCCGUUUCGCGUUACCGAAGACAUUCCUCGCGUGGUCACGCCUACCGAACGUGAUUACAGUGCGACCGGGGGUUUUAAGUUCGGCACAUUACGUAUCACCAAUGGCGGUCCCGAUCUUACUCCUGACGUUCCAGAUCCCCACCGUGUCAAGGUCGAUGACUUCAAGCCCCUGGCUACCUCCAUGGAUUACUUCACAAAGCUUCCACCACGCGAGGAGACAGAUAUCACCGAUUCAAAGCUGCGUCACAAACAGCCUUUAGAGAACUCUGCAGCUGCAGAGAAACUGGAGGAGAAAAGCAGCUGUCCGGCAAAUCCAGAGCCCGUAACGCGCACGGAAGUUAACGCGCCAACGCUGUCCGUGGAUGUUCCGAGCGGCAAAAUCGAGAUCAAUUCUCCGUUGGGGCUUCUUUCCAAUCCGGUCGAAUCCCAGCGCAAAGCUCCCCCCAGCCCAGUAUUGAAAACACAGUCCAAGCACACCGCGGCCGAGGACCAGUUGUUUGAAGCGGAAGAUGACAGCGAGACUGAACUUCAUACUGCGGAGGUGCUGGACGUCAGAGUAGACCCCAGUGCAAGACCUUUGCCAUCACAGUGUCAAGAUGUUACCUCACAGAGUGGUGUGCAAGUUAUCGAAAGGUCUGACAGCGGAUUCGUGUCCAACGCAGUGUCGGAUUCUUCAAAAUCUCAUAGUUCUCUGGCCAAAGCCGAUUCCGGAUACAGCUCCAGUGUCUCCUUACGCUCAUUCCGAAGUGGGCGGAAGCCUGUUGCUGCUGAAGAGGACACAGGGCGAAGCCCAGCAGAGCGAGCAAGAGAAGGAACCAAGGUUCAAGUUGUGGAAUCAAGGCAAAUUAUCGAUCGCACAACCCUGGUCGUUAAUGUUGACGGCUCUGCUGAUGAACGGGCCCCGACACCGCCCCCGAAAGAUGCCGUUUUUGUCAAGCCAGCAAAGUCAAACGCGGCCGAGGAUGGACAGGCAGAGCCAAAGAGCAAGGGGAAGAAGCGGGCUCGACAGCAGCUUCCGGCCAUCAACACCACUCGGGCAGAGGGUCGACACACUAAGAAAUCCGAGUCUGUUCCCCCAACCCCAGGGAGUGCAAAAUCUGAUGAGUCUGCGUCCUCGCUGAGCAUCGCGAGCACUUCACAAAAGCACGGGAGAUUGCACAGGUUUCUAAGCCUUAGGGGCUCAGCUCACUCGAGAGCACCACUGACAGUGCAUGUGACGCAUGCUGUGGACGAGCAAGUCCCAGCGAUCCCUAAAGAUGUCGAGGAGAAGCUGCAUGAACACACCGGCCGCUUUCCAAUGUCUGCAAAGCGGCUUGCAUUGAAAGCCCAACUGAGUCAAGAGACCCUGAAAACAAUCCUCAGUGUCGGGAGUCUUGAAUUUUCCAAGGAGGACGAACUUCCUCCUACCCCGACUUUCUUCGAUGAUAGCGACGAGGAGCUGGAUGAGGAGGAUGAGACUUCUUCCGGGGACGCUAAGGAGAAUUCUAUCAGGCAGACAAUCACCUCCAUGCAGUCUAAUUUCAAGCAAGCCGCCGCUUCCAUGAUGCCAAACAAGAAGCCGAGCGCACCAAAGGCGGGCAACGAACUUCGGUCAGAUUUCGGCGAGCACAAGCCUACGCAGCCAUCCAUAUAUUGCUGCUCAAGCAACGACCGGUUCCCAGACCCAGCCAAGAGAGUGGUCUGGGAGGUCCAUGACCAUGACACCAACGCAGGGGUCGCGUCAGCCAUGGAGAACAUACAGCCUGAAUACCAUGCCGUCAAGCUACUCGGCUCCCUCUUCCGGACUCUUGUCCCCUUCGAGCCCGACGUCGAGGGCAAGCUCGCCGUCAAGGAGGUUAAGGAGUCCACCCCCGGUCAGCCUGGCAACUCGUUCACUGCGCAGGCCUCCCCCGCCACCUCCGCGCUCGGCUCUUCGUCCUCAAUUCCCGGAAGCACUCGUCGAUCGGGGCUACGAAUCUGGUCGAAGCACUCGAGACAGCCCGUCUCCUGCGCCUCGAGCCCCAGCCUUGAAUACUCAGCGCUCUCUGGACAGUGUCCGACGAGCUGGGUCGAUUCCGGGCACGCUCCAAUAUCGCACUGCUGA